GGUUUUACGGAAUCCGGGGAAAUCACGGAAGACUCCAGAGGAGUUUGCGGAGCACCGACUAGUGUCUAUAAGUAGGCCAAUGGGGGACUGCGAAAUCCGCACGUGGAGCCUGUAGGGACUGUGCGUGGCAGGUGGAGGUGGAGUUUAAUGGGAUUUGGCGGGUUCUGGGGGAGGCAAAACUCACAGGCUUAGGUAGGGCGAGGGAGUGAAGUGUUUAUAAUUUUAAAAGCAAGUUCUCAGAAACAGUCGGGCAAGAAUUAUUUAUGGUUUUCGUCUGUGAGGAAACGCGUAUAUGCCGUGUGAUCUCUUGUUCUGGAUGUUGGUGUUUUUUACACGGCAGGUUUGGAUUUUACUCCAUUAACGGGAAUGAAUAUGAACAUUUAAAAGGUUUUAAACGGAGACAAAUUUUCUGAAAUUCGUCUUCAAUGACUCUAGCCCUGUGGCUUUCAAUUGAUAACUGAGGCUCAACUGGAGACUGAUAAAACGCCGUGUCUAAUCACCUCAAUAAGGGAAAAGGAGAGUCACUGAAGUCCUCCACUGAGGAUUGGCUAAGUUCUACUUAGGAUUGGUUCCUAUGUUUUUAUUUAAAUGUGUCAAUUUUUUUCUGAAUGCAUUUUUAAUACUUGAGUGCAUAAGUUUGUUUUUCUUCUUAGGAAACAGUAGGACCUAUUCCAGCAAGUCAAGGCCUGAAUCUGGAAGAGAACCCAGAGGCUAGAAUCCUCCAAAUCCUCCUACCGCAUGGUAGGCCCUAGAGCACUCACCCCUGACAAGUAAAUUUUCCUGGGUAAUUUGUGCAUUCAGUGUGUAAAAGCAAGGUUUUAUUGGACUUUUUGUUUUUCAAGUAUUCAAAACUUAAGCAAGGGUUAGGGCAGUAGCUCAGUGACAGAACAUGUGACUAGUUUGUGUGAGGCACUGGGUUCGAAUCUUAGCAUCCCAUAAAAAUAAACAAAAUAAAGGCAUUCUGCCCAUCUACAACUACCAAAAAAAAAAAAAAAACCUUAAGCAAAUCGAGGUUUUCUUUGUUCUUAAGAUGAUUGUAAAGGAAACAUUGAGACUUAGUUCUUUUUUUUGUAAAUCUCAUGUUACAUGUGGCUAAAAUUACAUUUAGGUUGGAAAGGACACUUGAUGUAAGAAAAGAAGCAAAUGAAGGAAACAGAAGAGGCUCAACAGCAAAACAGGUUUAUUUGUGACAAACCUGUGCAGGAGACCUAUUGGAGACCCAUCUGCCAUUGCUAGGGGGCUGUCAGGGAAGUGUCCUUUUGGUCCUCACCUCCAUUUUUUGAGGUGGUAACUGUUCCACCUUGAACCAAGUGUUUUCCUUUCUUGGUAUGAUGAUGGAAUAUUGUUUGGGGUUUCUUUGCAUGAUAAUAGACUAUUGUCUGUGGUUUAAGGUCAGACCGAGAGUAACCUUGAGGUGACUCAAGAAGAUGGAGGCUGUUUCAAAAUGGUGUUGCCAGUGUCAAGUUCUUCCUAACACUUGGUAGUUAGAUAAAUAUUAUCUAAUUAAUCUAUAUCACUUUCCUUUGAGAAGAGAGGAAACAUUUAUUAUCUUUACUUGGCAAGGAGAACUGUAGACAGUUCAAAUGGGUGGGAGAUGGGUCUUUGCUAGUCUACUAACAUAUUUCACAAUUUUUUAACUUAAAGAUAUUACUAGCUGGAUGCAGUGGUGCACACCUAUAAUCCCAGCGACUUGGGAGACUGAGAAUGUUGUGGGAAUUGGACCAGUCAAGAAGCAGCAAACGAUACUCAGAGAGUGGAAGAAUUCAAACUUAGUUUAUUUUUUUUUACUUUUUUGGUACUGAAGAAUGAAUCCAGGGGCACUUAACUACUGAGCCACAUCCUCAGCCCUUUUUUGUAUUAUUUUAGAGAGACAGUCUCACUGAGUUCCUUAAUGCCUCACUUUUGCUGAGGCUGGCUUUGAACUCUUGAUCCUCCUGCCUUGGCCUCCCAAGCUGCUGGGAUUACAGGUGUGCACCACCACUCCCAGCUAUUAGUGCAGAAAGACCAGGAUGGAUGCAGACUUCACAAAUCAGCUCAGUUCUUUUAUUCAGAAAUGGAAUCAUGGUUCUGAUGGUGGUUUCUUGGAGUCUCUGCCAUGUCCAUGGGCCAUACCCUUUAAUGAAGGCUGUAGAAUCAUCUUCCUGAUCCCAGUAGCUCCAGUUGAGUCUACAGACCCUACCAAACUUGGAGUUCCUGGGAAGAGUGGAGUUGUCAGCAAGAGAGCCCUAGAGCUGAAAUCCAGUGUGAACAUGGCAGCCAGCCAGAAUUUGCCCCAGCAAGGAAGACAUGGCAAUGCCUGUGAGAUACCAGUGUCAUUUGAGGAUGUGACUGUGGACUUCAGUAGAGAGGAGUGGCAGCAAUUGGACUCUACUCAAAGGUGCCUGUACCAAGAUGUAAUGCUGGAGAACUAUAGCCACCUGCUCUCAGUGGGGUUUGAAGUUCCCAAGCCAGAGGUCAUCUUCAAGUUGGAGCAAGGAGAGGAGCCAUGGAUGUUGGAAGGAGAAACUCCACAUCAGAGUUAUUCAGGUGGGAAGUUUGGAAUUAAGAACUCAAAAAAAAGUACUUCUGCAAAAACUACAUUUCAUAGUGAAAUAGAGGAUAAAGAUACAAGAGAUGAUUCACUGUAUUCCGUUUUAGAAGAACUGUGGCAAGAUGCUGAACAGAUAAAAAUAUGCCAGGAAAAACAGAACAGCCCUUUGAAUCACACUGAUUUUAUCAAUAAGAAAAUAUUGAACACAGAAUGGGAUUAUGAAUAUACAGACAUUGGAAGUUGUGUACAUCCAAGCCCAAAUCUCAUUCCUUCACAGAAAAGACCCCAUAAACAUGACUCAUUUGAAAAACGUUUUAGGCAUAAUAUGGACUUACAUAUUCAUAAUAAAAACAAUACAACAAAGAACUUUGAUAAAAUUGUUAGUCAUGGUCAAGUUUUCACCCAGAACACUUCCUUUACUAACCAUGAAAAUUCACAUAUGGGAGUGAAGUUCUGCGAAAGUGAUCAGUGUGAAAAAGUCCUCAAACAUGCACUCAGUCAAAAUCUGAAAUUUCCUGUUGGGGAGAAAGCAAGCACAUGUGCUGAAUUUGGAAAGAUCUUCACCCAAAAGUCGUAUCUCUUUGCACCUCCAAAAAUUCAUACUGUGGAAAAACCUCAUGAACUUAACAAAUGUGUAAAUGCAUUUACACAGAAGCCACUACUCAGUAUAUAUCUGAGAGUUCAUAGAAAUGAAAAACUAUACAUAUGUUCUCAAUGUGGAAAGGCUUUCCUCCAGAAUUCAGAAUUAAUGAUGCAUGAGAAAAGUCAUACUAGAGAGAAACCCUAUAAAUGCACUGAAUGUGGAAAGUCAUUUUUCCAGCUGUCAUCUCUACUCAGGCAUCAGACAACUCAUACUGGAGAAAAACUCUAUGAAUGCAGUGAAUGUGGGAAAGGCUUUUCCCUGAACUCAGCACUCAAUAUACAUCAGAAAAUCCAUACUGGAGAGAGACAUCACAAAUGUAGUGAGUGUGGAAAAGCCUUCACCCAGAAGUCAACACUCAGGAUGCAUCAGAGAAUUCACACAGGAGAGAGAUCCUAUAUAUGCACUGAAUGUGGACAGGCUUUCAUCCAGAAGGCCCACUUGAUUGCACAUCAAAGAAUUCAUACCGGAGAGAAGCCUUAUGAAUGCAGUGAUUGUGGGAAAUCUUUUCCUUCUAAGUCCCAACUCCAGAUGCAUAAGCGAAUUCACACAGGAGAAAAACCCUAUAUAUGCAAUGAAUGUGGGAAGGCCUUCACCAACAGGUCAAAUCUCAAUACUCACCAGAAGUCUCAUACUGGAGAGAAGUCUUAUAUAUGUGCUGAAUGCGGGAAGGCCUUCACUGACAGGUCAAAUUUCAAUAAACACCAGACCAUUCAUACAGGAGAAAAACCCUAUGUUUGUGCUGAUUGUGGACGAGCCUUCAUCCAGAAGUCAGAGUUAAUUACACAUCAGAGAAUUCAUACUACAGAGAAGCCUUAUAAAUGUCCUGACUGUGAGAAAUCCUUCUCCAAGAAACCACAUCUCAAAGUACAUCAGCGAAUUCACACAGGAGAGAAACCGUACAUAUGUGCAGAGUGUGGGAAGGCCUUCACUGACAGGUCAAAUUUCAAUAAACAUCAGACAAUUCAUACUGGAGAUAAACCCUAUAAAUGCAAUGACUGUGGAAAGGGCUUCACCCAGAAAUCCGUUCUUAGUAUGCAUCGCAAUAUUCAUACAUGAAAUAACCCUGUUUCUUAAAAAUGAGAGAGCCUUACCGUAGAAGUCAGGUCUACUCAUGUAUUAUAAAAUUCAUCUAAGACAGACCUUGUAUGAGUACACUGUAUUAAAAAAAGCAUUCAUCAGGCUAUCUCACCUGAGAUGAAAAAAAAAAAUUAGAAGAGACCCUAUAAGAAUACAUUGAAGAAAGGGGAAUUUGGGGGCUGGGGUUGUGACUCAGUGACACAGCGCUUGCCUAGCAUGUGUGAAGCGCAGGGUUUGAUCCUCAGCACCACAUACAAAUAAACAAAAUAAAGGUCCAUUGACAACUAAAAGAUAUUUAAAAAGGGUGGGGGGUGAAUUUAACAUUUACACAGCCUCACAAAAUACAAUAGAAUUAACAUUGAGAAUGCUAUCAGUUUGGUACAUUAGGAAAAUCCUUCCUAUAGAAAGUAUCAUGAGGCAAAUUAUUACCAAAUGCUUUAUAGGUUGGAGGAUGCAAAUUUAUAGAAAUGACAGUCAUGUUUUCUAUGUUAUAGUAAGCAGUUUAACAAGAAAAUAAUGUAUUCGUUGUGCAGACCUCUUCAGUUCUUUUCGCUGUUUGUGGUAAAAUAUUGCAUAACAUAUUGCAUAAUUGAAUUGAAAUUCUUUUUUAAAAUUUAGAAUGUUUAUCAAAUGUUUGUUAUUGAACAUAUCUAUCAGAUGAAUUCAUAAGUUUAAAGUUAUUUUGGCUUUUUAUAUACGCACAUCUGCAGAUAUAAUUUUAUAUGAACAUAUACUGUUUUCAUACUGUUUUCCAUGACAUAGUAUUCUUCUUUCAUUGUAUACAAUGCAAAAUAGCCACAGAUUCCUCCCAUCCAUUUAUGCGUGGCCCCUUUUGCAAUGGUACCUUGUUGUUUCUCUUAUUAAGUAUAUUAUAGCUUGGAUAUGAAGUAUCCCCUAAAAGCCCCUGUGUUAACUGCAAGAAUGUUCAGAGGUGAAAUGAUUAGAUUAUCAGAGCUAUAACCUGACCAGCCCAUCCUAGUUUGAAUGGACUAACUGGGUGAUAGCUGUAUGUAGGUAGGGCAUGGCUCAAAGAGGUGGGUCACUGGGGGUAUGACCUGGAAAGUUCGUCUUCCCUGCAGCCCCUUCCCCCCUUUCUCUCUGCUUCCUGGUCACUAUGAGCUGAUAGCCUUCCUCCAGGGCACUCUUUAGUCAUUAUGCUACACCUCACCACAGGCCCAGAGUGAUGGAAGUGGCUGACCACGGACAGAACCUUGGAAACCAUGAGCCGGAAGUAAACUUUUCCUCCUUUAGAUUGGUUUUGUCAGGUAUUUUGUUUAUAGCAACAAAAAGCUAACACAGAGUACUUCUUAUCUGCCGUUGCUCCUUGACUUUCAACUUGGCCAUGUGAUUUGCUUUGGCCAAUGGACAUUAGCAAAGAGAUUCAAGAAGAGGCUGGAGAAGUGUGAAAGCCUGCCUUGAGGCUUACCCUUUUGUGCUGCUCUUUGGAAUCCUGAGAUCUCAAUGUUAAGAAGCACAGAUGCCCUACUGUGGGAUGAGAAGCCACAUAGAACAGAGGUGAGCCAGCUUAGCUGAUGCCCCAUAGAUCAAUUUACCUAUGGGCUUGGGAAUGAGUCCAUCCUAAGUCUAUGUCCCCAGCCAAACCAGCCCAGCCCAAAAUUGCCAUGUCAGUUAUACCAGCCAACCUGCAGAAUUCUGAGUUAAAUAAGUGAUCAUUGUUUUAGGCAGCUAUAUUUUGGGGUAGUUUGUUGCAUAUCAAAUUCUAAAUAAUACUUAAAAGUAUAUGUGUGUGAAUUGUAUUAUACCCAAAUAUAAUAUGGCAUUGGCUUUGGGCCUGAGAAGCUAAUCUAAUAGAGACUGGAGAAUAAUGAGGAAAUCUGUUUGCAAAAUCUGGGAAAAUGACAACCUAUUAGAAAGGAAAAAAUAGCAAAUCAUCACCAUGCUCUGUGGGACUAUAGAGAAGGUACCAAAUGAACUUGUGGAUCUGACUAAGAGAUUUGCCAUGGAAUAUGGUUGUCAUUUUGCUGCUUUUAACCACAUAUGAUAAGGUACAGAAUGAGAGAAAUGAAUUAAAGAAAUACUUGUUCCCCUGGCAAGCAGCAGUUUUGGGAAAUAACUUUAGCUCUUUAGCCAUGAAAAUAUUCUCAAGAUACAAAAUGGCUGUAGGGUAAAUAUCAAGUCAUGGGUAUGUCUGUAAAACCCUUUAUUACAAUGUUUGAAAUAUUAUAUUUUAUUGGUGCUUGGAAAACCCUCUCAGUGAAAUAAUGGGUGUCUAAAAAUCUUGGUGACAUGAUUCCACAGUAGCCUGACACUGCUCUAAGUAGAAAGAGGCUUCUCAAAAAAGAAUUGUUGAUGUGGCAUUUGGGGCAUAGAGUUGACCUGAACAUAUUCAUAGGAAACUCAUAGUUUUUAAUUGAGUUUUACCUGUGGAACUACCUCCAUACUGGCCUUAAAGGAACUGAAACAAUUAAAAAUGAAAAAUGGCCUCUGGAAAUUCCUCCCUAACUUCUGUGAACUGGAUGCAAGACAACAAUGUUACUCAGCUACAAGUAUGGACCAUUUCUUAUGGGAACUGAAGGAUGUGUCAGAGGAAAGGCCCAAGAACAGUGUAUUAAAAUGGACUGGAAAGCCAUUUCCAGGAAAAACUUGCCCUAAUCAAAAAACACUAUCUGCCCCUGGAGCAAGGGGACCUGACAUUUUCUCUGUGGUAUUUCAGAAUUGUUAUGGAACAGUGACUGACACAUGCCUCUUACUGCUCUCCUGGCUGAAUGGGAGUACCUAUUGCAGUUAGUCUCUUUCUCCCCAUGUAUAUCUUAAGUGUGUGUUUGAGAGAGGCAUGUCAAAUAACUUGUCAUUUAGCUCACAGGAUCAAGAAACUGAGAAACUGUAUUCAAAGAGCCUCGGCCACAUGUGAACCUGGUAUAGAAGACUUGGAAUCCUGGAUUUAAACCUGAUACCAUGAUUUGGGAUGGGAUAUUUAGAGAUCCUGGAAUGGGAGUGAUCAUGUUUUGCAUGGGGUGAUAAUGUGAAUAAUUUGUCAUCAGAACAUACACUGUGUUAGAAAAAUGUUACAUGUUUCCUAUCUCUAUGUGUGUGUCCUUUUCAGCUUUUAUUUCUCUUUGCAUUUCAUUUGGAAUAACUUACGUUAAUCUAUCUUCAAGAACACUGAUUUCCCAAGAUCCUGGCUCUGUCAGGUAUACUGAUGAACCUGUUGAAAGCAUUUUUUCAGUUAUGUUUUAUUUUUUAUAUUUACUAUUUCCAUUUGACUUUUAUAUCAUUUAUAUUUCUGCAAAACUUCCCCAAUUGUUCAUUCACAUUGUUCCCAUUUUCCACUAUUUCCUUAGUUUGGACUACUGUAACAAAGUACUAUAGACUGGAUGGCUUAUAAACAACAGAAAAUUAUUUUUCACAGUUCUGGAGGCUAGAAGUCUGAGAUCAGGUACCAAUAUGAUCAGGUUCUGGUGAGGACCUUUUUCUGGAUUGUAGACUACCAGGUUCUCAUUGUAUCCUUACUUGGCUUCUGAUUUUCAUAUCCUCACUAGAAAGCUCUCUGGGGUCCUUUAUAUAAGGGCAUGAAUCCCAUUUGUGAGGCCUCCAUCCUCAUGACCUACCUACCUCUCAAUGGCCCCACCUCCUGAUACCAUCUCAUUGGGGAUAAGGAUUUCAGUAUACAAAUUUUGUGGGAACACAGACAUCCAGUCUAUAAUACCCUUUAAUAUAUUUAGCCAAAUUUAUUUUAAGUUCUCUGCCUGAUAGUUCCAGUAAGUCAGCCAAGCGAGUUCCGGUCUUUUGACAGUGGGUUCCUUUCUAUUGCUGUUUUGCAUCUACAAGUUUUAGCUGAAAGUUGGAUGUUGUAUAUAGGGCAAUGUAAACUGAAAUGAAAAGUAUUUAUUCCUGGAAAUAGACAUGGCUGCUCUUCUAAUAGAUAGGCAUUAGCAUGGUGGCAUUGAGUUGAUCCAGUCAGUGGUCAGGUAGGGUUUUGGUUUUGUUGUUGCUAUUGUGAAUUUUAGUGUAACAUAGACUUCAAAUUCCUGUAAUGUUACCUUGUGUUUGAAGUAGACACUGGUUUUCCAGAGAAUUUUUCCCAAUGUUCCUGGACUGUACUUGCCUUUAGGCCUUUCCUGGGUUUCUGCAUCUCAGUGAUAGUCUCUCUAUAUUCUUGUAUCUCUCUCUUAGUAGUUGAUUUCUGGUUUUUUGUUUGUUUGUUUGGAACUGGGGAUUGAACCCAGGGGCACUUUACCCUUGAGGUAUAUCCCCAGCCCUUUUAAUUGGGGGUGGGGGGCAGAAAGUGUCUCUCUGUUGCCUGGGCUAGCUUUAAACUUAUGAUCCUCCUGCCUCAGCCUCCCAAAUUACUGGAAUUACAGGCAUGCAUCACUGUGCCCACUUAGACUGCUGCUGUUACUCGGUUCUUGCUAACUUGGUAUGGGACACAGAAGUUGUCCUGUGUCCCUGGGUCUUAACAUUUUUUUUCCCAGUGAUCCUGCCCCUCUUCCACUGGUAAGAGGUAUUUUAUUGUCUGGCCCAAGAUAGUUUCCUCCCAUUCCAUCAUGGGUAGAUUUUUUUUUUUCUUUUCCUUUCCUCUAGUCACAGUGGAUCUUCACCUGUAUCCUGAGAGUGACAGGGUUUGCUGCACUGCACUAAAUGGCUUAAGGUUUUUGUUUGAUAGAAUAGGGUCCCUUGGGAUUUUGUAUCAUUUUUGUAUCAGCACUCAUCCCCCCUAGUGGCAUACCCCAUGGAAGGAUGCCUUCUCUACUUUCCCACUCUACUACUAGUGUUUCUUAUGAGCACCCAGUGGAAGUCUGUGGUGAAGAGCCUGCAGGUGGGAGCCAACAGCCCUUAGGUCUACAGCUCUCAGGGGUUCUAUAUUCUCACUAUCCCACUCUCAGCCUUUAACAGUUUAUUAGAAUUGUCCAUUUCUUUGGAUAAUGGAACAUUAGCAAAUAUGACACAAGAACUUAUAAGAAGUGUUUGCACAUUGAAGUUUGCCCACUCUUGCUGCUCUUUGGAAUCCUAAGCCCAUGUGUGAAAAGGCAGGGACUAUGAAGUUGGAAAAUGACAGACCACUUGGAGCAGUGAUGGAGCAGAUAUGAUUCAUCCCAACUGAGGCAGCUCGACCAACCAGAUUUUCAACUACCAAAUAUGUAAAUGAAGACAUCCCAGCCAGGUAUCUCUGAUCAAGGUAACUAUGGUUAGCAGUCUCUGAGCUGAUCCUGAAUGAUCCCUCACUCGUGGUAUUCAUACUCUUGUAUAAUUCUCUCUCCUUGAUUUGGGCUAGAUUUAAUGACUUGGUUCUAGAAUAAGGCGGAGGUAAUGGAUGUCACUUCCAAGAUUAGGUUACAAAAAGACUGUGGCUUCUGUUUUGGGUGCUCCUUUAAUCUCUCAGAUGGCUCAUCCUAGGGGAAGACAGCUGCCAUCUCAUUAAGUAGCCCUUUACAAAGGCCCAUGUGAGUGAAUUUGAGAGGAUAUCCUUCCCCAGUGUUGCCUUCAGGUGGGACCUUCAAGCCCGAUAGCUUUACUAACCUCAUGAGAAAUCUUCAGCCACAGGCAUACUUCUGAGCCAUACCUGAAGGGGACCCACAGAAAUUGUGAGUUAAUAAAUGUUGUUUUAAGCUGACAAAUGUUAGGGUGAUUUGUUACAUAGUCAUAGAUUAGUAAUAUAUUGGCCCAGACAAGGAAGGCUCUGCCAUCUAUUCUACCCAUCCCAGACAACUAACAGAAUAAUGGAUUACAAUGUUUAUUUUAAGUCUCUAAGUUUGUGUGGCUUGUUACCUAGAAAAAAACCUAGCUGAUAAAUUUACUAUUCAGUGAAUUUUAUCCUCCACUAUUCUUCCCCAACAGAUAACCAAUACUAAUCAACUACUAUGAACACUUCCAUGUUUUAGUCUUGCUAAUAAACCUGUAUAGAUGUACAUAUGUGAGUAUGCUUAUAAUUGUAUAGAAACUAUAUAAGGAUUGCUUUCUUCUUUAAUGCAUACUACUAUCUCUGAAUCUUGCUUUAUUACUCAACAACUCUCUUUUGAAUGGUUGCAUGAUAGUUUGUGGGGUGGAUAUGCAAGAAUCUAUGCCAUUAUUUGCAUAUUAAAAUUUCUUCAAAUUUUUGUCAUUAGGAAAAUGUUACUAAGAAUAUUAAGGAGUUGGGCUGGGGAUGUAGCACAGUGGUAGAGCACUUGACUAUCAUAUUUGAGACCCUGGUUCUGAUCCACCACACACACACACACACACACACACACACGUGUGAAGAAAUAGCUUGCCUAGGCUCAUGCCAGAGUUAUCAGUCCUUGCUUUACCAAUUUUUAGCUGUGUAACCUCGGACAGGUUAGUUAACUUCUCUUUCCUGAUUUUUUCAGCUAUAAAGAUGUUCACACUAGUUACCUAUCUUAGAUUUCACUACGAAGCAUACUCUUUUCCUGGGACUGCUUUACAAAGUACCAGGAAAAGAGUGGCCUAAACCAACAGAACUUUAUUAUACACAGUUCUGGAGGUUAGAAGUCCAAAAUCAAGGUGUCAUCAGGGCCCUGUUGUAACCUAUGAAAAUGGUAGGGAAGGGACUAUUCUAUGCCUCUUUUCUAACUGCUGGUUGUUUUGUGUGUUACUUUGCUUGUGGAUACAUCAGUCCAUUGAUAUGGCUGAUUUCUCCCUGAGGUCAUCAUGCAUCUGUCUCUGUGUCUAAAUUUUCCUUUUUUGUAAGAAUACCAGUAUAUCAGAUUAGUUCCUACCCUAAUAACUUCUUUUUAAUCUGAUAGCCUCUGUAAAGACAAUUUCCAAAUAAGGUUAUGUUCUGAGGUACUGGGGGUUAUGAUUUCCACAUAUCUUUUUAGGAGGACACAAUUCAACUCAUAUCAAGAAGUUAAUGGAUUUAUUUGUGUAAGGCACUUAGAACUUUGUAUGGAAAGAGGUUCUUAAUGACUAUUAGAUACAUCUCCUUUACUGUACUUGCUUAGGUCUCCAUAUGACUUCCUGUGCUUGGGAAAGCAGUGGGAUUUGAGAAUGUCUAUGACAUUUAAAUCUCAUCCAACUACCUGAAGAGAAAUGUGGUAUAAAAAGCAAAACGCAAGCCUCAGAAUAAGGCUUAUAUGAUCAACAUUUGAGGAAUAGGCCAAGAUGGAUCCAUCUGUAGUAGAUAAUGAGAAGGAGCACCCAGAGAGGUCAAAACAUGCCAAGUGAGAAAGGAGCUCACAGAAGAGUGUUUCCAAGAUAUGUUUCAAUGGAGGGUAUGUCCAGAAUGGAGGUCAGGUUAUAUGAGAGCAGAAAACUGCUGAUUUUGUAACAGAUACGCCAUUGUUGACUUGGAUGAGUGCUAUUUUGGAAAUGAAUUUAAGGAAAGCAAUUGAGGAAACCUGAAGGAAUUUCUGAAUUCAUCAUAAAGUGACUUCUGGUAGAAAAAAUACUAGGUCAUUGGGCUGGAUUGCUCUGUGUUGUCUGGGUUAAACUGAGAAAUGAGGAUUGGCAAGAAGUAGAAUUUAUAUGAGACUUGGGAGGACAAAAGGAAGGAGCAACUUCCCCUCUAAAAGUCUUUGAAAUUAUAUACACUGAAGGACAGAUGCAGAGGUAUCCAGCAAGUUUUCUUUUUUCCUCACUCUUCCACUCUAUAUCCAGCCCUUCUUUCCAUCUCAAUGCUGCUGACAGUGGCCCCAGGCCCACCACCUUCUUGGGUGCAGACCCACAAAGGGAACAGCUUCUUGUAGAUUUUAUCACUUCCCAUUCACAGUCCCACUUCAGUAAUUAGAUGUUCUAGCUCCUCAGAUAUUCCUGAAAGCUCUGAUUAUCCCACCCAUUCCAAUGGUUUCUAGAACCUUCCAGCCCCCCUCUUAUCUUUUUAAAAAAAAUUUUUUUAAUUGUCAAUGAACCUUUAUUUUAUUUAUAUGUGGUGCUGAGGAUUGAACCCAGGGCCUCACACAUGCUAAGCGAGCGUUCUACUACUGAGCCACAACCCCAGCCCCCUCUUCUUAGCUUUAUACUCCCGGAUACUCCUAUAAAUUGUGCAUGGCCUAAUUAAUAUUUUAAAAUUCCUUAUUCCACAACAGGGAUAUAGCUCAGUGGCAAAGUGCUUUCCUAACAUGGUUGAGGCCCUGGGUUCAAUCCUUGGCACCACCAAAAAUGAAAAAAACCCUUAUUCCAUAAUAUUCAUAUUGAUUAUGCUUUCCCAAUUGAUAGUUACACUUUCUUUUCCUGAGAACUUGAACUUGAUAAGUGUUGUUCUAAAAGUGAGUGAUGCCAGUGAGAAGUCUUACACAAACUUGCUCUUUUUUUCCUUGUACAUUAUAUGAUGUGCCUUUCUGCCAUAUGAUAUUUUUUUUAAUUUUUGAAGUUCUUUUUUAAAAUAUUUUUUAGUUGUUGAUGGACCUUUUUUUUUAUUUAUAUAUGGUGCUGAGAAUUGAACUCAGUAUCUCACACAUGCUAGGCAAGUACUCUACCACCGAGCUACAACCCCAGCCCUGAAAUUAAGUUUUAUGGAAGCACGUAUCUUGGUCCUGAUUUAUUUUUUGCACUAAGGAUUUAACCCAGAGGCACAUUACUGCUGAGCUACAUUCCUAGUCAUUUUUAGUUUUCAUUUUGAGGCAGGGUCUUGCUAAAUUGCUGAUGCUGGCCUCAAACCUGUAAUCCUCCUGCCUCAGCCUCCAAAGUCACUGGGAAUACAAGCGUGCACCGCCACACCCAUAAAUCCUGAUCUUUUGUAUUAAUUUUACCUGGGUUAUAGUAAGCCAUUAUGGUUAUUAAUUUCAUGAAAGUUUUAUUUUGCAUAACUUUUUAUCUGAUCCAGUUUUUCUCUUAAAGGGAUGUCAAUUAUGUAAGAUAGCUUUGUCAUCUUCUACAUUUAUUUUGUACCACUCCAUGUUCAUUUCAUAUCAUUAUUCUUCUUGGAUUAGUGUGAUUGACUCUAGCCUCCUAUUAGAAGAUAAUUCUGUAUGAAGUUAUUAAUGUUUAUACUUUAACAACCAAUUUGUUCAGAUUUAUUUACAUUUCAAGAUAGUGGAGAUAGAGAAUGUCUCUUUUCUUUCUAGAGACAUUCCCAGAGUAGAUUUGGUAACGUUCCAGGGUAGUAAAAAUAAUGUCUCUAUUUGAAGAAGAGGAUGGGCAAUAAAACAAUAUUAAUAGCAUUUUCGUUCACAUUUUAAUCAUGUACAUUUUCAAUCAUGUAGAAAUAUUAAAAUAACUGUAUAAUAAACAUCCAUAUAACUUUCAUCUAGGUUUAACAAUGUAUAUAUAAAAUUUUCCUGAAAUAUCAAUAGUAAGUUGUAGACAUUGUAACAUUAUACCCCUAAAUAAUUGAGCAUCCAUGUCCUAAAAAUAAUAAUGUUCUCCCCAAAACUGGAAUAUCAUAUCAAUCUAAUUUGAUAAUGUCUCAUGUCCAAUUCAUUUUCAGUUUUUUUCCAUUGUCUCUGAAAUAUAUUUUACAGCUUCAUUGUGGUUUAAUUAGCAUAUACUAAAUGGCACUUGCUUAAAGUAUACAAUUUGAUGAGUUUUGAUGUGUGCACCUUUCAUCACUACAAUAAAAAUGAAUAUAUCCACUCCCGCAACAAGUUUCUUAUGCCUUUUUGUCAUCUAGUCCUUCUUUCUCUAUUACCUUUUCCCCAUCCAUAGGCAACCAUUGAUCUAUUUUCUGUCAUUAUAGACUAGUUUGCAUUUUCUGUAAUUUUAUAUAAAUAAAAUUAUAUGGUAAGCACUCUUGUUUGACUUUGUUCAGCAAGAUAAUUAUUUUGAGAUUCAUUUGUGUUGUUAUUUGUAUCCUUAUUCAUUGCUUUUUAUUGCUAAAUGGUAUUACAUUGUAUGUAUGUACCAAAGUUUGUUUAUCCAUUUAUGUAUUGGUGGCAAUUGGUUAUCUUGUUUCUAACUAUUACAAAUAAAAUUAAUAUGAACAUUUUCAUACAA